AUGGACAGUGAACGUCGGUGUUGGAUAUGCUUGGGUUCUGGGAAAGAACCACCGCCGUUGGGAACAUCACGGGAUGCUGAAGAUUGGGUAAAACCGUGUAGUUGUUCGUUAGAAGCGCAUAGGAAAUGUCUGUUGGAAUGGGUAUCUUGUAACAAUUUGGAAAAAGAAGCUUCGAUCCGAGAGAAUUUGGGACUCCGGUCUAACGAAAUUGGGUUCCAUUCUGUUAAUUUCACAGACAAUUAUUCAGUAUUUGAAAGCGGUCGCGGUGCUUUUAGACCGUUUUUCAAUUACCUUGACCCUACGAAUUUGAAUGGUCAAGCGUUCAUGGACAGUGAAACCGAUUUUGACACCAGUAGCAUAAGCAGAGCGUUUGCUGCUGAUGUAGAUAGUGAAACGCUUUCAAGAGUCACGGAAGCCAUGUCACUGGGUGCUAGACAGCGCCAUAGACGUGGAACGACGCUAUCAAAGAAAUUCGUCAUUAACACAGUGUGUCCUCAAUGUAACACGCCCAUUCUACUAAGAACGUCAAGAGAGUUCAGCCUUUUGGCCACUUCGGCCGUUUGCAAGACUCUUGAAUACUCCGUACGAAAUUUGACGUUAGUCACGGUUGUUGGAACUGUGGGAAGCUCGCUUUUGAUUAGUGCAGUAGGGGUUUUAAUGUCAGCUGGUCUGCGCAUUAUGACUGCAUUGGUUCCCGAAAGCACUUUGGUUAAGCUUCUUGGUCUACGACGAUCCACUUUACUAGAAUCUUUCAGCGAUAACAACAUUGGAUUUUCUCAAAUUGCCAUUUUGGCAAUGACACCUCUUUAUUUAAUGGGGUUCCGGUAUCAAAGCGCAUUGUUGUCGUGGCUUAAUUGGAUCUACCCUCUGUGCUUUUUACGCUCCAACGAGAAAUUGCAAAGCAAUGCCAAAAGAUACCUUUUGUAUCAAUAUCCUCUCGCUAUACUACACGAGGUGGCUUUCGUAUUUGUGCUGAACCCGCUUUAUUUCAAAUGGGUCCACGAAGUAAAGCCGUACUUUAUCAGUGAUCGCAUGACAGUUGCUCAAAUUAAGCUUUAUGAAGAAGAACAAAGGUAUUUGGAAGAGUUGCAGAGUGAGGGUUCCGAUCAAACCCGCCGGCCACGACGGAGGUCGGUUUUACAAUUCAUCAAAAAGAAAGCGGCCGUUUUAAAGAUAUACUGUGGAAGACUCAUACUUUCAAUGGGAUUGGAUUAUUCAGAAGCAAUUAUACCAGCUUCCAUCUGGGAAAAAAUUGGCACCACAAUUCUCUGGCCUUAUGCGGGCAAAAUCUUAGGCGAACUUAUGAUGAAAUUACGUUUCUACAGACGGCUUGUUGGUGAACAUUCGUCAACCUCCGAUGACGGCAUCUAUCUCAGUAAUCUGAUCGGUUGUUGCCUAGCAGUGAUCCUGAGGGAUGCUUUCAACCUUUUUCUCACUUGGAGACGAGUGAAGCAGUUAAGCAGUCUGGAAGUUUUAGAAUAUAUGUCACCAGAAUGGGAUACAGUGAUGAAUACCAAAACUGGUCAGAUCUUAGAAGAUCUAACGUUAUUAAAUGAGGACGAGGAUUCAAAGGUCAUUUUACAGGAGCAUGCCAGGAGAUUACUGUCGAAGAAGAACCAUGAUCAAUGGCUUAAGAUCACUCAGGGAAUUCCGAAUGUUAGAGGGAAGGUGAAUUUUUUGAGGUAUUUAGUGGUGAAGCAAAAUGUUUACAGAUCAGCCCAAAAGAAAUAG